AUGGCGCCUGUGUUGUUAAUAUUUCUUCUGUACAUCACAACCAUCUGUUUUGUGACUGAGGCUCUGUUCAACGCAGCGCUUUACAAACCAGCGUACAUGAGUUCUGUUUAUGUAGGCACUGCCUACAAGCCCAGUGCCGACCGUGCUAAUGAUGGGAACCUUGAUGCCAUAUUUUCACACGGGUCAUGCGCUCACUCAAGUGUCAACAAUCCAGGUUGGUGGAUGGUCGACUUGAAUGGUCUUUACAGUGUGGAGCAGAUUGUAUUGGUCAACAGAGGGGAUCAGUAUAACGCAUCAGCGACUACCAAAAACUUCCAAUUCGAUGUGUUUGAAACUGACCCAAGGUCAUCUCCUGGUUUUCCGAUGGAAUCUGGCCAAGUUUGUUACGCAAGAGUGGACCCAGUAGGGCAGGGAGAGAAGUUUAUACAAAACUGUACUUCACCAAUUCUUGGGAGAUUUGUCAGAUAUAUCAGGUUUACAAAUGACGCGCUAAGCUUCUGUGAAGUGCAAGUCUUGGCUAGUUAUACGACCUACGUGAUGAACAAUUUCUCUUCAAGAAAGAAUUCUAUCCUGCAAGUGACCCCCGUCAGUACAACCUACACGAUCAGCGACGUGGCCUGCACGUUACUGUGUCUACAGCGUCGUGACAGCGAUACGUGCACCGCCGUCAACUGGGUUCGAACCACGAAACAGUGUCAGAUGUUGAAGGUCGACCCACGAAGCAUUCCCGCCCUCACUCCUAACUCCGAUACUGACUUUUAUAUUGAAGCAAAUUAA